UGUUGUCCGGACUGAACCGCCUGUCUUGUCGCUGCUCAGACUCGGAGACUCCGGGGAAUGCUGCCGCAGAGAUGGAGUUGAAUCACAAAAACAACAAAGUGUCGGACAGAGUUUGAGACAAAGGGAGCAAAGCGUCAGUUUCCGGCUGAUGGAUAUAUGUUGAAUAUAACCCAGGCGUAACAUUUAAACAAUUUGUUUGAAAAUGAAGCUGCUGAAGCCGAGCUGGGUGAGCCACAACGGCAAGCCCAUAUUUUCCGUUGACAUCCACCCUGAUGGGACAAAAUUUGCAACCGGGGGGCAAGGAGAGGAUUCGGGCAAGGUCAUGAUCUGGAACAUGGCGCCAGUCCUCAGAGAGGAAGACGAGAAGAACGAGAAUAUUCCCAAAAUGCUUUGCCAGAUGGACAAUCACCUAGCCUGUGUGAACUGUGUGCGCUGGUCCAACAACGGGCUGUACCUGGCAUCGGGAGGAGACGACAAGCUGGUCAUGGUGUGGAAGAGAGCUGCAUUCAUCGGUCCCAGCACAGUGUUCGGGUCGAGCAGUAAGCUGGCCAACGUGGAGCAGUGGAGGUGUGUCACCAUCCUGAGGAACCACACCGGAGAUGUGAUGGACGUGGCGUGGUCUCCUCAUGACGUGUGGCUAGCCUCCUGCAGCGUGGACAACACCAUCGUCAUCUGGAACGCUCGCAAAUUUCCAGAGAUGGUGAUGUGUCUGCGAGGACACACUGGGCUGGUUAAAGGUCUGACGUGGGACCCGGUGGGGAAAUACAUCGCCUCCCAAGCCGACGACCACAGCCUCAGAGUGUGGAGGACAAUGGACUGGCAGAUGGAGGCCAACAUCACCAAACCCUUCAGCGAGUGUGGCGGGACGACCCACGUCCUGCGUCUGUCAUGGUCUCCGGACGGUCAGUAUCUGGUGUCGGCUCACGCCAUGAACAACUCCGGUCCCACCGCUCAGAUCGUGGAGAGAGACGGCUGGAAGACCAAUAUGGACUUUGUGGGCCACCGUAAAGCUGUCACUGUGGUGAAAUUUAACCCAAAGAUCUUUAAGAAGAAGCAGAAGAACGGAAGCGCUCAAAAACCAGGCUGUCCGUACUGCUGCUGCGCCGUCGGCAGCAAAGACCGGUCGCUUUCCGUCUGGCUGACCUCUCUGAAACGCCCUCUGGUGGUGAUCCACGAUCUGUUUGAUAAAUCGAUUAUGGACAUAUCCUGGACUCUGACAGGUCUUGGGAUGUUGGUGUGUUCCAUGGACGGCACUGUGGCCUACCUGGACUUCUCACUGGAUGAACUGGGAGACCCGCUAAACGAGGAGGAAAAGAACAGCAUCCAUCAGAACAUCUACGGUAAGAGUCUGGCUAUCACCAGCACGGAGGCGCAGCUCUCCACCACCAUCAUCGAGAACCCUGAGAUGCUCAAAUACCAGCAGGAGCGCCAGAACUCCGCCCAGGCCAACUCGGGACCGGGCAGCGCCGGGCCAGAAUCCUCGGCCCCUAAACUCAACAGCGUGAUGAACGGAGAGUCUCUCGAGGACAUCAGGAAGAACCUCCUGAAGAAGCAGGUUGAGACGAGAACUGCAGACGGCCGAAGACGAAUCACACCGCUCUGCAUUGCGCAGCUGGACACCGGGGAUUUCUCUCCAGCUCUGUUCAACAGCGCUCCCAUCCUGCCGUCGGGCUCCUCCAUGUCCAACCAGCUCACCUCCCAGCUCAGCUCAGACUCCAGCCCUGGACAGGCCUCUUCUCUGGGGCUAAGGCCAAGCCACGACUCCAUGCUCACCUCGCCUCCAGCCAACAGCGCCACAAAGGGCCUGGAGGACAACAAGGACGGUCUGAAGUCCAGUCUGCUGCUCACUUCUGCAUCCAAGAUCGAGCCAAUGAAAGCUUUGGACUCGAGGUUCACAGAGAGGUCAAAGGCCACACCAGGGGUCACAGCCGUCAUCUCCUCUAUCUGUGGACUCACAAAUCUGAACAGCAGGCCCAAAGACGGCCUCUCCGUUCUGAAAGACGUGAAAUCCAAAGACGACACCAGCAGCGACAGCGAGGACAAGAUGGCCUCCAUUAACAAAAAUCUGUUGUUGGGCAAGAGGAAACCCGAGCUGCUGAUGGAUGUAGGAGAGGUGGUGGAGAAGAGGAAGAAGGGACGGCCCAGGAAAGACAAGUUGGCUGCACCCAUCGCCCAACCCUUCUCUCAGAUAACUGUCCCAGCAGAGCGGGAGCCGAGCAGGGUGGCAGCUCAUCCACCUCCUGUAGCUGCUCUCAAACUGCCAACACCCAGCAUAAAGAAGGCCUUCAGUCUGCAGGUAAGCAUGGAGCCAUCUAUGUUCCUGGAGGUGGAGAACGAGGUGUCAGUAGUUGCGGGUUCAAAGCUCAGCCAGCUGCGAUGCUCCAGAGACGGACGGGACUGGAACACACUGCUGCCCAGCUCCGUGGUCACUGCUGCAGGGAGCAGUGACGUCCUCGCCGUUGCCUGUCAGGACAGGAUGUUGUCAGUGUUCUCUUCCUGUGGGCGGCGGCUCCUUCCUGCCAUUCAGCUGGCCACGCCUGUGUCCGCUCUGCACUGCUCGGCCCACUUUGUCAUGGUUCUGACGGCAGGGGCCACGCUGUCCGUCUGGGAUGUUCAUAAACAAAAGGCUCUUGUGAAGAACGAGUCUCUGCUGACCAUUUUACCAGGUGCGGAAACCACAGUGUCUCAGUCUCUGCUGACUCAGCAGGGAGUUCCAGUCAUUGGACUCUCUAACGGAAAGUCCUACUGCUUCAGCUCCUCACUGGAGACAUGGACGUUAAUAGCAGAUAAAGGAGACUCUCUGGUCCAAUGUGCUGACUUCAGAAGCUGCCUACCUACGCAGGAUGCACCUGUGUCCUCAGGACCACUGGCUGUCAUGCAGGGACGCAACCUCAAUGCUGGAAGGCUGGCGUCCCGCCUCUCCUCCACCCCUCACCACCUGCAGCAGAGCAUGACGUUGGCCUUCCUGGAGAAUCAGCUGGCGUCUGCUCUGACUUUGCAGUCGGCACAGGAGUAUCGCUACUGGCUGCUCAUCUACGCCCGCUUCCUUGUCAACGAAGGUUCAGAGUUUCGUCUCCGAGAUCUCUGCAAGGAGCUGCUCGGUCCCGUCCACAAAUCAGCAGCAACAGCCUGGGAGCCCACCACUCUGGGUCUACGUAAGCGCGAGUUAUUGCGGGAAGUCUUACCUGUCAUCGUUGAAAACCUGCGAUUCCAGAGACUGUUCACUGAGUACCAGGACCAGCUGGAGCUAUUGCGCAACAAAUAACACACACUGCUGCACACACACAACCCAUGCCUGGACUCGUAAUGAAACCAGUUUGGAUCUUCCAGUUCGACUCGAGGGGAAUUCUGACUGCUUAUCGUCAACUGUAGAACCUUGAAACGCUGUUUGGGCUGAAAGCUGCAAAAAUCUUCACUCGCAGCGAGUCCACAGCUUUUCCAGUUUUGGGACUCUUCAGUGCUGUCGCUCACUGGGAAGAAGUGGCAGGUGCUUUGGAUUUUUUUUCUAAUCACAAUCUCAGCUCCAACUCACGUGUUCUGUCGUUUUUUGUUUUUUUUUAACCUUUUUCACCUCUCUCCUGUGCUCCUAAUCAAGGACUGAAAGAUAUUUAAUUUAAUGAGGGGGUGUGACAAAUGUUACGGGUUGAAACCCUGCAGCUCGAUAAAUCCUUCUCAAGUCAUCUGAUAGAGAGAACGGAGGUGAGACACUGAAAAAUAAAUAAUAUAAAUCAGACUGGAUGUAAAGGAGCAAUAUGCUUGUACCAAAGUGAUGCCUUCAAAUGUGGAAAUAACCAACCACCUCUAUCUGCAAAGUGAAGCAAAUGAAGGGCAUCCGUACAAAAAGGUUCAAAUGGGUUUUUAAAGGCUGAUGGAUGUCCUUUUCUGAGUGUUUCAGCUCGAGAACAACACCAAUGUCAACUUUUGAAGUCACUGAGGUCACUAUGACGCCACUGGAAAUGAAACUGUAUAUUCUGAACUACAGGAUGGACCUCUGACUUUUUUAAGGGAUGCCUUUUUUUUGCAGCUAAUCCUAACCCAUUAGAGCAUUCACUUCAGUGAAAGAGCACUUAAAGCAUGUAAGAGUAGAAAAACAUGCACAAAGAGGGAAGCCCUACAGAACUUACGGUGGCCAACGGGCAAAAUGCACCCGGCCCAAAACAUUUCCAUUAGGAGAAACACACUGAAGUUUAAAUGAUGCAAUAAAAAAACCCACAAUGUGCCAAAACACAUGCAAAUGAAGAAACAUCUUCACCAACUUGACAACACAUGCGCAGCAUUUACUAAAAGCAAUGCAUAAACGGAACGCUGCAAACAAAAAACGAAGCAAGAAGCUCAAAACAAUGGAAACGGGGACACUUAAAAGUGAUGCACAAACCUGGGAACAUUUGGGGACGUCCAGGGAUUAUAAAGUUGGUUAACUGUCACUGUUCCCUCAAAUGUAUGUUUGAUUGGCUUAUUUUAACAAUGCGAUCACAUGAUUCCUUCUAAUAUUAUCGCAGAUCUGCCGUCAGCUAGCUAGCUAACAUAGCUAACGUAGUCAUUUCAAAUAUACUGACCAACACUUACGAUUAAUCGGAGCUUGUUAAUAACAAGCGCUCCGAUCCCAGCUGUGUGCGUCACUUUUUAGUUUCCCUGUUUCCGUUUGAGCUUCUUCCCGCAUUUUGUUGAAGCAGCUUUUCGAGUAAACCCGGCACAUGUCUCGUCAAGUUGGGGAAGAUGUUUCUUCAUUUGUUUUGCCACAUUUGUGUCUUUAUAUUUGCAUGGCUUUUGAGCGCAUUUCUCCUAAUUGAAGUGUUUUGGGCUGUUGUAGCGUGAUUGCACUGAGCGACCGCCUUAGAAUUUAGGAAAACAAAAAACAAAACAAGUCAGGAAAUUUAAACAGUCAGAAAUAAAGUAAGGACAACACAAUGGCAGUGCAGGAGUAACUUCUAGAUGUCACAUCUUGAUGUGCAACAAAGGUAGUACAAGCUGUGGGUGAUACCAUUAUUUGAAAUAACGAAAUGUUACACACAAUGUUAUCUUUCUUCGGUUUACCUCAACUUUAGAAGCACCUAAUCAAGAUGAUACAUUGUGAUUAUAUGUCAAAAGAAAAAGGAUUUAAAAUAAUGAGUUAAACAGUCCCAUUUUAUUGUGUUUGAUGAAUGUAGACUCCAUGCAGGUAUUACUUAACCUUCAUCAUGAUGUCUCAGAUUAAAUCAUAUUUAAUGUAUACUUGGGGGAAAAAAUUGGCUGAAUUGCAAGGCGGUAAUUAUCUUCCUAAGUACACACAGGUUUUACAAACGCUUGACAAGGGUUCUCGUAAAGUAAAAUUGUGCCACAGUUACAUCCAGAAACAUUAAUUGUAAAUAUCAGUCGCUGCCUGAGGAGAAUGUGCUGAUGUCAGCCUUCUGAGAGCAAGAAAAACUCAAUCUUGCACAUCUUCAAGGUAUAUUAUGUGUAUGAAACAGAUCUUUGGGGUAAUAAAAUAAUCUCUCCCGAUGCAACUUUGGUCCCCCUCCCCCCCAAAAAAAUGUUUUCAAGGUAAAUACGAUCCACUUUUCUCUAAAUCAAGAACGGCUGUGAUCAGAGACAGCGAAUGGAAAAUGUUAUAUAUAUUUUUUGAUUUUUUCACUUCCUGUCUCUUGUAAAUACUCCAAGUCUCUUUGCUGCACCCUUAGUUGAAAUGUCUCUGUUGCCGGGUAAAAAAACACCCCAGAAAUGUUUUUCAGGACAGACGGAGGGAUUUUAUUUAGUCUCUCAUGCAUUACAGGUUUCAAAAGCACAGCGGUCAUGAAACCUCAUUGGACCCCCGCUGUAAGUCAUUUUUAAUGUUUGUACGAACAAUUUUUUUUUUUUUCAUUUUCUAUAAGAAAAAAAGAAAAUGAUGAGAUGAGCUGAAUUGUUGCUUUUGAGGAAAGAAAGUAAAAAAAUAAUAAAUGAGGAACAGUUGGGGUUUGCUAA